AUGCCAACGUUCCGGCUCGCGCUGCGGACACUCCACCUCGCGAUGCGAGUGACAACAACGACCUGCGUGAUCGACUCGCGAUACUCGAGGCUUCAGUACGCCCGUCUUCUCACGAGCGAGACCGUCCGUGACCGUGACCAGCAAAUCGCGGACCUCGAGGCUUUAGUCUCCAGGCGCGACGCGCAGAUAUCUGGCCUCCACGAGCGGAUCGCCGAACGUGACGUGCACAUCACCGACCUCCAUGGUCAAGUCGCCACGCGCAAUGCUCAAAUUGUGGCCCUCGGCCGGCGGGUUGUAGAACGUGACCAGCAGACCACCGACCUCCAUGGUCAAGUCGCCGCACGCAAUGCUCAAAUCGUGGCCCUCGACCAGCGGAUCGCCGAACGUGACGUGCACAUCACCGACCUCCAUGGUCAAGUCGCCACGCGCAAUGCUCAAAUCGUGGCCCUCGACCAGCGGAUUGUAGAACGUGACCAGCAGACCACCAACCUCCAUGGUCAAGUCGCCGCUCGCAACACUCAAAUCGCGACCCUCCUCGGUGCAGUCACGGAGCGCAAUGCCCGAAUCACAGGCCUCCGUGGUCAAGUCACGACCCUCGGCCUGAUCAUCAUGCUCAUUUUCGCACACAACCGAGAUCUACGUCGUCUGGCCGACACGCCAGCCGCGAUGAACAACACUAUUGUCCAGCGACUUACACGCGCGAUCCAUUCGGUCGCCCCCCGCUGGCUCGCCCGCUUCCUCCCUGGCAGUUAG